GCCCGGUGAACUAAGGGAAUUAGCGAGCCGUUCGCUGCGCUCCGUCCAGGUUUCUUUGGUGUUUUCUGCUCUACGAUGUCCUGUGGCUGGAGAUGGUGGGGAUCGAACUUGCGGUCGUCUGUGUGAGACUCAUUGGAGCCCUUCGCUGAGCUCAAGAACUGCGUCUUGAGGGAGAUACCAGCAGUGGUGGGAUUCAAAUAAUUUAACAACUGAUUGCUUUCAAGCACCAUUUUAACAACCGGUUCUGCCGAAGUUGCGAACCUGCUGAAUCCACCAGGUAACCUAAAGGAGGAGGACCCAGAUCUAGAUCUCAUCUGAUGAGUGCAGUGAAUAAUUAAGAUAAAUUAGGAUUAAAGCAGCUCUGGAAUUGUGUACCCGUUAUAGUUAAUAUGAAUGAAGCUGGGUCUUUGGAAGACACCCCAUCUGUUGCUCAGCUUGACAGAAGAAUCCCCACUUACAGUACUUUGCAGCUAACUGGGCACAAGGCAAGAACACUUCACCCUGAAGAAACAGAAAAGCUGGCAAAAGAACAAAUCUUAGUAUCUGACUUCAAACAACUGAAGUUAGAAAAAGAAGCUCAAAAGAACUGGGAUCUGUUUUACAAAAGGAAUAGCACCAACUUUUUCAAGGACAGGCACUGGACGAGUAGAGAAUUUGAAGAAUUAAAAGCCUGCCGUGAAUUUGACAAUCAGAAACUGACGAUUCUUGAAGCCGGCUGUGGUGUUGGUAACUGUUUGUUUCCACUUCUAGAAGAUUCAAAUAUCUUUGCUUAUGCAUGUGAUUUCUCCCCUCGAGCUGUGGAAUAUGUAAAGCAAAACCCUUUGUACAACAUCCAGAGAUGCAAAGUGUUCCAGUGUGACCUUACCAAAGAUGACAUUCUGGAAAACGUGCCACCCGAAUCUGUGGAUGUUGCGAUGUUAAUAUUUGUACUUUCUGCUAUUCAUCCAGAGAAGAUGCACUUAGUUUUGAGCAACAUUUACAAGGUGUUAAAGCCGGGCAAGUGUGUGCUGUUCAGAGAUUAUGGCCUCCAUGAUCAUGCAAUGCUGAGGUUUAAGUCUGCAAACAAACUUGGUGAAAAUUUCUAUGUUAGACAAGAUGGAACAAGAUCGUACUUCUUCACAGAUAAGUUCUUGGCUCAACUGUUCCUGUCUGUGGGAUAUGAGAAAGUGAUCAAUGAAUAUGUGCUGCGAGAAACUGUGAAUAAGAAGGAAGGUUUGUGUGUGCCAAGGGUAUUUCUCCAAAGCAAGUUUCGAAAACCUCAAAGUGAAACCUGAGUUUUCCUUCCAACAGUCCAGCAAAUGCAAAUUUUCUGUGGAAGCAGCUUUUCAUCUGUUGUCGAGGUGUCUGGGUUGCCAAAAUGAUGGAGCUUUUGGAAGUGGCUUUGAAAAGUGAAUGAUCAUGGAAAUAAAAAGAAUGGGUAGCUGUCUUGUCUGGGCCACUGAUAGAAUGUUUCACUUGGACUAUGGAAACUCCAUUUCAAGUUAUUUAGUGGCCUCUCGGGUGACUUUACACAAAAGCCUACCAUGUGGCUUUUUGAAAAUCAACUGUACCAUUUUUAAGGACCUCUUUGGGAAUAGAAGUCAGAAUUUGUAGAAAAUUCAUAAAUGCCUUUUUGGUAAUUUAACUGCUUUUGUAACUGGAUCUUGUGAACCACAGUUAUCUAUGUUUCUAUUUAAAAUGUUUUUAAUUA